AUGAGCUUUGAAACCACAGCAGUUACUUUCAUCAUCAUCCUACUGAUUUGCUUCAUUUGCAUCCUACUUUUACUGAUGAUGUUUUUAUAUAGAUGUUCCCAAAGCAAAGAAGAUGACAAGACAGAGAAAGGUCCUUGUGAAGACUGUUUAACUGCUAAUGUGGAGAAAAACAAUUCAGGAGACCAAGAAAAGACUCUCAUAAGGCAGGUCAUGAGGCCUGGCAUUCUUGUCCAGAGACGGAGUAAAGAAACAGUGGCUUCGUUCUUAGAAGACAAAGAGGACAAGGAGCUCAAAGUGGAGAGCAAAAUAGAAGAGAAGCAAGAUCCUAAUACUAAAGAAAAUCAGCAAGAGGAUGAUUUGCAAAAACCACCCAUACCUGUCAGCAGAAGCCCUUCAGUUGCUGAUAACAACAAAAGACCUUUAAAAGGAGUAACAUUUUCUAGGGAGGUAAUUGUUGUGGACCUUGGGAAGGAAUACCCUACACCUCACAGCUAUAUUCAAGAACAUAAAGAGAGAAAAUGA